UUUACCACAUAAAGAAAGCAAUGCGCUUGUGGGCGUGGCCCGGAAUCUUCCCAUCCCUGUGCACACGCUGAAGCACAUUUAUGCAGCUGAGAGCCGCAGACGCCAGCAGUCCACGCAGAACCCGCAGCAGCCGCAGCAGCCGCAGCAGCAGGAGAACCGCACCGGGUUCCAGGAUGUCCAUCCACGGCAGCUUUCUGUCCGACGACCAGUUCCUUUGCUCCAUCUGUCUGGAUGUGUUCACAAACCCGUCAUCCAUACCAUGCGGCCACACCUUCUGCAUGUCCUGCAUCACCAGAUACUGGGAUCAAUGUGAGCUUUUCCAGUGCCCUCUGUGCAAGAAGUCCUUCCCCAAGCGGCCGAUUCUCCACGUCAACCGGACGCUGCGGGAGAUCACGGAGCAGUUCAAGUCCAUGAGGGGCGGGGUGCCGGUGGGGAACGGGAAGGAGGACCAGACCCUGAGGAAAGGACACAGAGGCGGCUCGGGACACCUCAUGGAGGAGCUGAAGAAGAAGAUGCACAAGAAACACCAAGACAAGCACAAGAUAAAGGGUGAGCACCACACAAGCACCCGGUUUCCACCCAUCACAAACCCACAACCCUCAUCAGUCCCGGACCGGAUCUCUGCUGCCCCUCCACCUCCACGGCAGAUCAGCCCCUCCAACCCCCGCAGGCGCUACACGCUAAGCGGAGCAGCGUGCAGCCAAAACAUCCCAGUGUGUCCCAUCCACCAGAGAGGAAUACUGAUGUAUUGUAGGACCGACCAGGUGUGCAUCUGCCCUGAGUGCGAGAUCGAGGAUCACAACGACCAUGACACUGUGACUGUGGAGGCCGAAUGGAUGGAAACCAAGCCGAAGCUGCAAGGGUCCGAGCAGGAGAUCCAGGAGAUGAUAAGAGAGAGGACCAGGAAAAUCGAAGAGAUCAAGAUGUCAAUGACGGAAGUGGAGAUGGCGGUGGAGAGGGAGACGGCCAGCAGCGUCUGCAUGUUCUCCAUGCUGACCUCUGCCAUCGAGCGCUCCCAGGCAGAGCUGAUCGAGGUGAUGGAAAUCAGCCGCAGAGCCGCAGAGCAACAGGCCGACUCCAUGAUCAAGCAGCUGGAGCGAGAAAUUGAAGAACUCCAGAUCAGAGACCGAGCCCUCGGCGAGCUCGCUCAGUCAGACGACCACCUGCACUGUGUGAAGACAUUUCAGACCCUCUCCAGCCCUCCCCCCAGCAAAGACUGGUCAGGAGUGUCCCUGAACUGUGACCUGGGAACCUCGGCUGUGUACAGAACUCUGGCAACCAUGGUGAAGAAAUUCCAAGAGGAGCUGCAGAAAGUCACCGAGUCUGGUUUUCCUGGUCCCCUUAUUGAACCGGUUCCAGUCCAAGCUCUUCCCAGAGUAAAGAGGAUGCAAGAGUACGCACUGGACGUCACGCUGGACUCCCACACGGCCCACCCCAGACUGGUGCUGUCAGAGGACCUGAAGAUUGUGUGGUGCGGGGACCGACACCAGCACAUGGCGGAAAACCCAGAGAGGUUUGACCGGGUUGUCUGCGUCCUGGGACAACAGCCCAUUUCCUCUGGGAAACAUUACUGGGAGGUGGAGGUGGGUGGGAAGACUGACUGGGAUCUGGGAGUGGCACGGCAAUCCAUCAGCAGGAAGGGGAAGAUAAACUACACCCCACAAAAUGGCUUCUGGUUCCUCAGUUUGAGAGACAAGAGUAAAUAUGCCUUUCGGACUGAACCUUCAACAGACGUCAAUUUGAACCUCCGACCUCAUAAAAUUGGAAUAUUUGUGGAUUAUGAAAAAGGCCAGGUGUCUUUUUACAACGUUGAUGCCAAAGUCCACAUCUACACUUUCAACGACAAUUUCACCGAAAACAUCUACCCCUUCUUCAGUCCGUGCACCAACAAAGGAGGGAGGAAUGACAUGCCACUAAUAAUUACACCAAUUGUAUUGACAGAAUGAAACCUGCCUAGUUUGGAUAAUUUUAUGUACAAAACUAAUCUGUAAAUAUGUUCAUUUUUAUUACAACUAAUGUAGUUGGAAAUAGGAUUUCUAGCUUGUUAAAUAUAUUUUUAAGUAUGAUCCCAGACUGAGUUAUUUACACGUAUGAAGGUAGCAAUGGUGUCUGCUGCAUAAAAACAUUUGCACAUAAUUGCUGUAAACAUCCUGCUUGAACUUAAUUCCAUGGAAAUAUGCACCUGGACUGGUUAGUUUAGCAAAAGUCUUAGCGUAAGAUUUAUAACUGGUAUUAUUUAACAAGUGAAGAAAUAAACUAGUCUUACCAAAAGGCAAAUGUGAAAAUAGGCUAAAGAUAAUUUUAGUAUAAGGCUAACAUAACACCAAUGGUUCGCAUGCAACAAAAGAUGAGAUAAGUAGGCUUGACAAACAUUUUAAAACUAAUCUUAGCAUAGGGCUAGCAUUUUCAUUUUAAGGCUUUCCAAAGUAUUAGGCUAUGUCUGAAUUCCUUCAUUACGCACUAGUCAGUGCGUUCACCAUUGUUGUCCAAAUCUACAAUUUCAAAAUGGAGUGCACUAGAAAUUUCCAAGAAGCCUUUGCAAAAAAUCAGUGUGCAUUGAUGGUCACUAGAUUGGCGAUUAGGAUUAGCAUUAUUAUGCUACAAAAACAUGCUAGUCAAAGAAUAGAAGCAGGCUUGACUAAUAAACAUAUCAAUGCUACUUAGCAUAAGGUAAGCAUUAUUAUGCUUUUAAAAAAUGAUGCUUAUCAAAGAAUACAAUAAGUAGACUAUAUUACAAACAUAAGCUAUCCAUGCUAAUCAUUUUAAGAUUAGCAAUUGUUACGAUACUGAAAAAAAAUGCUUUUCGGAGAAUUAGAUAACCUGACUUGACUAUGUCCAAAUUCCCACCCUAAUCCCCAACUACUAAAAACUAUAUACUGCGGGAUUAUCCAGUGCUCUGGAUAUUUUAAAAGCAAUUUUGACACCAUGCUCCCUUAUUAUGUUUUUUUAAAUGGCGGAUAUGACGUCAUCAAUUUCACAAGUUAAAAUCUAAUUGAUUUGAGCAUUUUUGCACAUUACUUUAUGAAUCCAGGGAGUUCUGAAGUUAAAUUUGUUGAUGGUGUAACAAAUAAAAACAAAAAACCUUUAAAUACAUUUUUUUGGCAAAAAUUGUUCAGAUGCAAUGCAUUUUGGUCUAUAUUCGCCAAUCUAGCGAGCAUCGAUGCACACCGAUUUUUUACAGACUUCUGGGGAAUUUCUACGGCACUCCAUUUUGGAAUUGUAAAUUUAGACAGCACUACAAAAAUCGUGAACGCACUAUAUAGCGCACUAUAUAUUGAGUAGUGAAGCGUAAUAGACAUGAACGCUAGUCUUAAUGUAGGGUUAGCAUUAUUAUGCCAUUAAAAAAGUAAGUUAAAAAUAAAUAGGCAGAUUUUACUUGAAUAUUAAAGCUAGUCUUGGCACAAUAGGAUUUUUACGCUACU